AGCCAGUUCGCCCGCCUGUCUGUCCAUCCUCGGAGUCAUGGAGAGAGCCAGUGUGAUCCAGAAGGCCAAGUUGGCCGAACAGGCCGAACGCUACGAAGACAUGGCAGCUUUCAUGAAGAGUGCCGUGGAAAAGGGUGAGGAGCUCUCCUGCGAGGAGUGGAACCUGCUCUCCGUGGCCUACAAGAAUGUGGUGGGCAGCCAGAGAGCAGCCUGGAGAGUCCUGUCCAGCAUCGAGCAGAAGAGCAACGAGGAGGGGUCUGAAGAGAAGGGCCCCGAGGUGAAAGAGUACCGGGAGAAGGUAGAGACCGAGCUCAGAGGUGUGUGCGACACCGUGCUAGGCUUGCUGGACUCCCACCUCAUCAAAGGGGCUGGAGAGGCCGAGAGCCGCGUCUUCUACCUGAAGAUGAAGGGUGACUACUACCGCUACCUAGCUGAGGUGGCCACUGGUGAUGACAAGAAGCGCAUCAUCGAUUCUGCCCGGUCCGCCUACCAGGAGGCCAUGGACAUCAGCAAGAAGGAGAUGCCGCCCACCAACCCCAUACGCCUGGGCCUGGCCCUGAACUUUUCCGUCUUCCACUACGAGAUAGCCAACAGCCCCGAGGAGGCCAUCUCACUUGCCAAGACCACCUUCGACGAGGCCAUGGCCGAUCUGCACACCCUCAGUGAGGACUCCUACAAGGACAGCACCCUCAUCAUGCAGCUGCUGAGAGACAACCUGACGCUGUGGACAGCCGACAAUGCUGGGGAAGAGGGUGGCGAGGCUCCAGAGGAGCCCCAGAGCUGAAGCAGCCUACAUCCUCCCUGUCCCGCCUUGCCCUCCAGUCCCCAGCCUGCAGAGAGGACUUACACGGAGUAGGACUCUGCCCCUCCCAAACCCUGAAUGUUUUGCCACACUUGGAAGGCUCCUUGGACGGGGUGCAGCCAAGCUGAGGCCACCAGGGCUGGGGAAAUCUCACUCUUCGUGCAGCUGUGUGGUGGGUGUUCCCAACCCUGGC